ACUUCGUCUCUCACAGAGCAAAAAGGGUGAGGCGCAGGGAGAGAGAAAUCUAUCGAGAGCUAAAACAAUGGUGAACGGAUCGGGAAUUUGCGCACGGGAGGUGGUGGUUGACGCCCGCCACCAUAUGCUCGGCCGAUUGUCGUCUAUUUUGGCCAAGGAGCUUCUUAAUGGACAGCGAGUUACCGUUGUUCGUUGCGAAGAGAUCUGCCUUUCCGGUGGUCUUGUUCGUCAGAAGAUGAAGUACCUUCGUUUUCUCCGUAAGCGUAUGAACACCAAGCCGUCUCACGGACCAAUUCAUUUCCGUGCUCCUUCCAAGAUCUUAUGGCGUACCAUCAGAGGGAUGAUUCCACACAAGACCAAGCGUGGAGCUGCUGCACUAGCCAGGUUGAAAGUUUAUGAGGGAGUCCCUACUCCUUACAACAGGAAGAAGAGGAUGGUUAUCCCUGACGCACUCAAGGUUUUGAGGCUUACUGCUGGACACAAGUACUGCUUGCUUGGUCGCCUCUCAUCUGAAGUUGGAUGGAAUCACUAUGAGACCAUCAAGGAUCUCGAGAAGAAGAGAAAAGAAAAGGCCCAGGUUGUGUAUGAAAGGAAGAAACAGCUUAACAAGCUGCGAGCCAAGGCCGAGAAGGCUGCAGAGGAGAAACUUGGUCCCCAACUCGACAUCCUUGCUCCGGUUACCUACUAAAGGUUUUAAAUUUUGUGUCUUGCUAGAGAUAUUGUUUUUUGAUGAUGGCAAAUUCUUCUUAUAUUUCACUUUUGCAAUACACUCAGAUGUUGAUUUGGUGUCUUGAUUUUGUUGUGAGAAGAUUACUUUUUUAGCUUCU